CGCGUCUGUUUGCCUACUCUCUGGGAGUCGAAUGCGUACUGUCGUGGCGUUCGCCUUCGACUACCCAGUGCCUUUGUCCGCGGUCCCCGACUCAAUGGCACAUUCAGGCGGCAACUAGCGAGAACCCUGGACCUUCGUUUCUGGGAACGGCGUUUUCUCUGCAUUUCGUGCACACCCAACCUUAUGUGCGUGUCGUAUAAAUGUGCGGGUGAGUGCGGAUUUGACGCCUCGCGGUACGAUGGAGUCUUCUCGGGCAGCAUCCCUCGACCAUGACACGGCGUCCUCGCUGGACAGUCAUUGCCCGGCAUUUUCGCUGGAGAGCCACUACCCGGUGGAUGAGCAGCCUCAACAGCCAACACCUCGCGUUGUGUUGACCGACCAGACCAACCUCGCGCUCCCGCUCGCGCAGCGCCUGCUCAUCUUCACUAGCCUCGCUCUCGUCAUGGUCGUCUCCACCAUGGACUCCGUCAUCGUCGCCGCGGGUCUGCCCACCAUUUCUGCCGCGCUCGGUGCCGGAUCCGCCGCGUCGUGGGUCCCCGGGGGAUAUCUGCUUAUGUCCACCGCGUGUCUACCGUUGUAUGGGCGCCUGAGUGAUAUCUUUGGCAGGAAGGUCGUUCUGUGCUUCGCGCUGGCCCUAUUUACUGUGGGCAACCUUCUUGCGGGAUUCGCGAAGUCGACGGUGCAGCUGGUGGUUUGUAGAGGCGUAGCCGGGGCCGGGGAUGGCGGGCUUGUCAGCUUGGCGCAGAUUGUGAUCGCCGACAUCGUAAGCCUUCGAGAGCGCGGCAAAUAUCAAGGCAUUGUCGGAGGAUUUAUCGCCCUGGGUUUCGCCCUCGGGCCUAUCAUCGGAGGCACCGUCUCGCAACGCGUAGGGUGGCAAUGGUGCUUCUGGGUCACAAUCCCGGUCGCAAUCAGCGUCAUGGGCAUUGUCGCGUUUGCUCUGCCCUUCAAGCGAGUGGAGGGAAACAUGAAGAGUAAGCUGUUGGCUGUCGACUAUCCCGGAUGCGCGAUGGUCUUGGGGGGCUGCGUGCUCGUCAUAUUGCCCAUAACUUGGGGAGGUGUGAGCUUUGCAUGGAACUCGGCAGAGGUUCUCGCGCCGCUGAUCUCCGGUAUCUUCCUUCUUGCGGUACUUUGUGUUUGGGAAUGGCGCGGCGCCUCGCUGCCGAUCAUACCGAUGUACAUAUUCAAAGUCAAGACCGUCGCCGGAGUCUUCAUCGCCAUGUUCAUCAACGGCUUCAUCUUCUUCUCUUCCAUCUUCUACAUUCCCCAGUUCUACCAGACAGCGCACCAGUACUCGCCCUUGGAGUCAGCUAUGCUACUCAUCCCUCUGCUCGUGUCGCAAAUGGCUGCCAGCUGGGUCGCAGGCAUGAUCGUCAGCAAGACCGGACGCUAUUGCACCAUCAUCUACACCGGCUUUGGGCUCUACGCUCUAGGAAAUGGGUUAUUGUCAAUGGUGACACCGUCAUCACCCAAGGCGCCCGCUGUUGUCUACAUGGUCAUCGCUGGGUGCGGCACUGGCAUGACCUUGCAAACGACUACAGUAGCUGCGCAAGCAAGCGUUGAGCGUCAGGAUGUCUCCGUAGUCACUUCAUUCCGCAACUUCGUACGCCUGCUUGGAGGGACGCUGUCGGUCACAGUUGGGUCCGCUAUCAUCAACAACUCCAUGCAGUCGUAUGCCAGUCAUGUGCUGCGCAUUCCCCAGAUCCUCAUCGAGCGCAUCCUACGCAACCCGCUCCUACUGUCUAUGACCCAUGGCAGCGGUUUGACACCGGAGCAGGCGACAUCAUUAUUGGAGCACGGCUACACGGCAGGGUUUCGUGCAGUGUUCAUCAUGAACGCCUGUCUGGCGGGGAUGGCGACCCUCGUGGCAUUGUUCAUGAUUUCGCACAAGGAGCUUACGCCUAGUCAAGAGGUGAGGGUAUCGGUUGAGAAGACGGUCGUCAAGGAUGUGGAGAAGGUGUGAGGGGAUGGCCACAGAAAAUCAAAGGAUCAAAUGACAGCUUGACUAUAGUUGUAAUGUAGCUUUGUGGAGUUGAGGAUCAUCGUGCACUGUCCGGACCUUGUCCUCUAUGCACGACGAUGAGCGCGCA